AUGGUUGAUUUUUCGUUGAGAAAAGCACGAAAUAACUGGAAACAACUGUCUUCCCCAUCAAAAGCCAAAGAUGGGCAUGAUGAGAUUUCAAGGUCGAAAUCCAACCCUUAUGAGAACCUGGACACAACUUCUGCGUAUAAUCAAUUGCCAGACAUUGAUAAAUCUUCGCGUCAGAAGGUCGGGACGUCUAUGCAGAGAAGGCUCUCCGUGCACACCCCAAAAUACAUGGCUCCAAAUUUUGACCUCAUCGCGGAACCGCUUCCCAAAUUGGAUGCUUCAGCUCUUAUGGACAAAAAUGGGAGUCAUCAUUCACUCAGAGAUGUGAAACCGCGCACAAAACUACGCCCAAAGACUAAAAACUAUAGCGGGAAUUCACUGAAACAGAUUCUGUCCGAUCCCAAUUUCCAGGCCAAGAAGUUUGUUACUGCAAAUCUCGGAAAUGCCAGUGCAGUUGAGAUAGAACAAUUUACGUCAGGUCUUAACAGCUUGGCGCUGGAGGUUAGCGAUGACAUGAAGGAAAACGUUAACAAAUCCUAUAACGAAAUUAUGGUCAUAAACUCUAAUCUGUCAUCCGCCUCGCGAGAACUGAGAAAUCUUCGCUCUAAUAUCAAAGGUUUACAAACCAUCAUGGAUAACUUUUAUGUCAUGGCCGAAAAGCGUGUCCUCUUAGAGAAACAAAUGCAGUCUCGAAAUAAUAACGACAAUCAGUCUCUACUACCACCGGCCAAUGCAUCCAAGGUGAGAGAUCGAACAAGCGUGUUUAUGCUCGAAAAAGUUUGGGCCGACGAACUUGCUGCUCUCUCCAAAUCAGUCGAAGGUGCUCAAAAAUUUAUUUCCGCAAUGCCCGGACGUCAUGUACUCAUGAAAACCGGCAACUGGUUUGAAGUUAAUGCUGCGACAUUAAAACCCCUAAGAGGUGUUCACAUCUUUAUCUUAAAUGAUUUAAUUCUAAUUGCCGUAAAAAAGCAAGAGGCACAACGGCAUGAACUAGCACUUUCACACUGCUAUCCGCUUAGGGAAACAGUGAUAGAGGGUCAAGAGGGAAAAAGAAUAUCGAUGAAUUAUGCCAACCGGACACAGUGCCUUUAUCAAACCCAAGACCCUGAGGAGUUCGAGCGUCUUUUUGCUACGAUCAGAGGUGCAAAGGACGAUUUAAAGGACAUUUCUGAAGCGGAAGAAGAAAGCGCCAAGCGUAUCCGUGACUCCUUCAACUACCUUCGCUCCAAUCAAACAUUCUCUGGAAGAGAUGGCAAUAUGAGUCCCGUCAAGACCCAUGGCCGCCAUACGAGUUUAGGAAGUAUGUCUCCUCAGACUCACGGUACCGCUAAUGAUCAAUUUUUAUACCAAAACAUAACCGCAUCUGUUCAGUCCGUAGCAGAUUAUGGAAAAAUGAGUGAAAACACAGUGCAGCUCAAAAAAUUAGACGAAGAAAUUGAGGAGCUUGACAUUACGCUAGCGCGGCGAAAAUAUGAGGCUAGCGCAACAAAAUUACAUAUACUUGAUCUUUCAGUCACCAAGCUCAAGGAAAAACUAGGCCAGGAAGAUGCAAUUCUCACACGUCUUCUUGACUUAAAAAUUGAGCAGCGUAAGCAAGACUUACUGAAUAAAUUGUAUGGAAUAAUCUCAGGAGAAACAACCAAUUUAAGUCAAGUUUUUGAAUGCUUAAGGACUAUGAUCAAACUAGAAUACGCCGACGAUGCCCUCGAGUUGUUCUUACAAAAUCGCUCCAAAAGGAUUCAGGAAUUAAUCCUCCAGAUUGGAGCGUUCGAUAAUUCAACCAACUAUUUGACACAAAUUGCUGUGAUCAGAUUUCAGGCCGUGAGGAACGGAGUUCUCUCAGUUCAGGAUUUAUUUGAGAGUAGAGUCAAAGACCUCUCUUCAAUGAUAGUGGUCUGGUGCAGCGACGAAGUGGACAAGCAUUUCGCUCUUGUUAACAAGCAAAUUCUUAACCACGAAACUAUACCGCCCUCGUCCAUCAAAUCAACCCGAAAAGAAAUAGACGCGUUAAAGGAAAUUGGCAUAGAUUUUGUCUAUAAACUCGACGACUUCUUGAGACAAAACAACUCAAGGAUACGGUGA